AUGCAGCGUUCAUUUGCACCUCACAAGCCUGACCCAUGGAAAUCGCAGCAUGAAAACGGGAAGUACCUCCCAUUGUGUAUGAGGUACGAUUUACUUGAUAGUCAAUGGCAGAGACGUGGCGCAACAUACACUUAUCUCGUAAAAGCUGCCUGGGGAGUCAGGAGAAGGGUUAAGUUCACUGCCAACGACGUGAAUACGUCCGAGGCCUAUUUUAAGGAGUGGCAAGUUCCAUCUCCUGAGACUAGACCUCUGUUUGAAAUUAUCUUCGGCGACGUCCCUGCUCAGGCUCUCCCUGAUGAAUCCAAUAUUACAGACUCAACACCGUUACCUGACUUUGGGGAAGGCUGGCGGGUUGGUGUGAUUUUCAAGACUGUGAGAAGCCUUCUGUCCGCACCCAUGGACAAGGUCAAUGCUCCUGUACUUCUUGCCCAGGCCAGCUCUCUGCGUGGCGGUCUUCGAUGCACUACACCAACCGCCCUCCAGUAUGACCGAUCACAGCGCUCUACUGUGAUGGGCGGUAUGAAUUACCAUAUCGAAAUCCAAUUUGAAGAUGGAGUCAGCUGGCUUGCACGAAUCCGAAGAGUCAACGUCACUUCACCACCGCCAAACCUUAGAGCGCACAUUAUGCGUAGCGAGAUCGCUACACUGCAGUUCCUGCGCAAGACUAAUGUCCCUGCCCCUAAGGUAUUGGUUAUGACCUUGAUGAAGGAAACCCAGUUGGCGUCGCAUAUACCCUGA